UUCACCGCGAGCCAGCGACAAGUACUGAUUGGACAAUUUCUUCGCCUAGGCAAUCUCGCAAUUUGUUUUCUGCGAUUUAAACUCUAUUUACAUAACGAUUCCCAGGGAUAGCUGGGCUUUCCAUAGCGCCCAAGACCAACCUCCAGGCGGCACAGCUGCCAGCAGUAGGAUACAGCCCAGGGCUCAGCCACAAUCGGCAGGAGAAAGCAGUGAGAGUUGGCUGAAAAGGGGGAGGAGGCUCCUCCAAAGAAAUCGACAUUGAGCACUCCACUUUGCACUUAAUUGAUUUGUGACGAUGGCACCCAACUGAAGCAACGGAUCGGCAACCAAUGCGAAGGAAAUCGGAAGCCGGAUCGGGACUGGAACUCGGAAUCGGGCGCAGGAGUAGAUGCGUGCGGCCGUUGGCCUGAUGCUGUCGCACGGUGGUGCUGGCCUGGAGCCAGCGAUGUCCCGGCCGGACUACGAGCAGAGCGCCCUCCAUCAUGGUUGUCUGCUGGUGUUGCUCCGCGGAGUGGGACCCUCACGGGCCCGCAUCCUCCAGAGGGCGUUCGAGAAAGUGCGACGUGUCAGCCACAUCCGGGUGAAUGACUCAUCGGGCAAUCCCCGCUCUAUAUGGAUUCGCUUUGUGCACGAUCAUCCCGUGGAGCAUAAUGACUGGGGCGACUUUCAGACGCAUCGCCGUUUGUUGGGACUCAUCACCAUUGGAAAAUUCGAUAACCAAACCGAGCUGAAUGAGCUUUGCCGCCAGCACGAAUCCCUAAAGGUGCGCUACGGUUCCACGCUGUACGAGUCCCGUGCCAUUUUCUUUGGACCCGAUGAACCCCCUCUGGAAACCAUUGGCGAGGCUCAAGAGUCGGCCCCAGCACCAGUAGCUCGACGCCUGCAGGAUGACUUCACCACUCCCUCUAACUUCAAGUCUCAGGCCUUCUUCUACCGCGAACAGGAUUCAUGUGCAGAUCUGGAAUCUCGGAUCAGUGACUUUGCAAGCGCUUUGUUUUGGGUCCUGGAGUCGAGGCGACUGGAGCGAUCCAGGGAAAAAGCGGACAAAGUAAGCCUGUUGCUGGCGCCCUUCGAGAAGCGUGACUUUGUUGGCUUGGACAUGGAGUCUCGCAAUAACCGAAAGAGGUGCGUUGGUCGGGUGAUGAAGAACCUGGCCGAUCUGUCCCUGCAAGCUGGACUGGUGGAAGAAGCUCUGAGUUUAUACCACAAUGCUAAUGAAACGCUGAGGUCGGUGGGGGACUCCCUAUGGGUGGGGGCCACAGAGGAGGGACUGUGCGCCGCCUCCGCCAUUCUGUUGUAUCCCCAAAUGCGUGAAAUCGAAACUCUGCACAGGAACUCUUCGCUCCAGGAGGCAGGAACUUCCCCGCUUAAAAGCACACCAGAAAAGUGGCGAGCCAGUGAUGCCACCAAAAAGGUUAGCUCCAAUGAAGCUACUGCCAACAAUGUUGAUUCUGGAGCAGCUACGGUGCGACUGACGUCGAAUUCCUCUUCCUGCUCUUCGGUGUCUUCCCUGGUGACGACCGCCACCAAUUCCUCAGCCUCGGACACGCCCACCACGUCGUCAUCUUCCACUUCGACGUUGUCGGCAGCCCCGAUACCGGGACACCAUCGGAACGGAGAGCUACCGGGCAACAUACUCAAAGCGGAGGAGAUCACCAACUACUACAGGAAGGCCAUCAUCAACUACAGCAAGUAUAGACACGCGGCCACUGUAGAAACGGAGGCUGCCCUGAAGGCUUCGCGGAUUUGUAUCGAGCAGAAUCGUCCCCUGGACGUGGCCAUGUUCCUGCAGAGUAUCAUGUACAUAAACCUGAGCAUGACCGAGGCUGAGCGGGUAAAGAGGUUCGAGGUCAUUACGGAACUGUAUCAGCAAAUUGGUUACCAACGAAAGGCGGCAUUCUUCCAGCGACUGGCGGCCCUGAAGCACGUCCAGCAGGGCUCCCAGGCACCGGACUGGAACCAGAGCUAUCGCCUGAUGUUGGGCAGCUUUACGGGCUAUCUACUCUGUCUGGAUCCACUGGAAGUGCUGGAAAAUGCAGCCGGCUGGCCAUCUCUGCAGAUCGAUCUGGUGCAGAGUCUCAUAACAGCCGCUAGAAGAUUGGGGCACUCGGCGUUGGCAACGCGGCACAUGACCUUCCUUCUGCAAACGCAAUGGGACAACAUGACACUAACGGAGCAAAGCGAGAUGGCUGUGCAGUUACAAAAUUUAAGCGCCCAGUGCGAGGGUUCACCGGUGCCCCUGGUGCUGGAGAACGGCACUGUGAUACCACCCGCUAAUCUCACGGAUCUGCCCUAUUGCCUUGAUUUGCAGGUCAAGGAUUUGCCGGCCCAUCUGCGACCGCAAAGGAUAAAGGUGGCCAAGGCGGACAGUGGACCCUUCCUCUUCACCCCCAUUCAUUUUAAUUCGAUGGACAGAAGGGACAAAAAAAAGGAUAAAAAUAAAAUAGCUUUCUCGUGGGUUCAAAACGACCUAAGUGAGGUGACUGUCCGGCUUCGCAAUCCCUUACCCUUCGAGCUGCCCGUCACGGAUAUGAGAUUGUUGACCAAUGGCGUUGUCUUCGAGUCCCUACCCCAAUCGAUUGUGUUGCAGCCACAUGUGCCUACCUAUGUCUCACUUCAUGGCACGCCCAUUGAAACGGGGCAGCUGGAUCUGCAGGGCUACAGCACCCACACCCUGGGCGUGAAGUCCAACUGCCGGUUAAAGCACAUGCGAGGGCGGAAUUUUCCGCCCAACUAUCUGGUGGAUGUGAUCCCGGCCUUGCCGCGGAUAGCUGUGAAAACUUCUCUACCCCAAACGGCGACGUUCAGCAACAUGAAUAGUGCCGAUAUUGUGGUGACCUCCGCCAGCUUAACGUUGUAUAAUGGCGAGUCCUCCAGCUGCACCAUAACCAUCACAAAUGAGAGUGCCACACUACCCCUCGAGCAUCUGGAAGUGAACAUAAACUCUAAUGUGGAGCAGGAGCUACAAAAGAAGAUCUUCCGGAUAGACGAAGAGGCUCUGAAUGCGAAGCUCCCCGUUCCUCCCCAGGGAUCCAUCGACUUUGAGCUUCUUGUUUAUGCCGAAGCGGAUUUCGUGUGUCCUCUGCCACCGGCUUCAGUUCAUUCCAACGCUGCCGCUGGGGACUAUGGAGCUUCCUCGUUGCCGCACCCCUCCACUAUGUCAGCCUCUGGACAUGCCAGCCUGCCAUCGAGGGUCAGUUCCCCACAGCAUCGUCGCAACGAGCCCCAGAAUUCCAGUUUUCGCUCCACGUUCUCUGGCGGUCAGCACUCGUUGGCGGCAUUGAGUCUACAGCCAGGAAGUGGUGCCGGCCCGCCCAGUCUAAGUUCGCAAUAUUCCCAGCACAUAGAGGCGCAGGUGCGAAUGAAGUACUCCGGCGGUGAAGCUCUAACGGCGGGUUACUGUCGCCAGUGCGCGGUAUCCCUAAACUUGGAACUUUUACCCAGCGCCCAGAUCACCAGUUGGGAUGUACUACCCGCUGAGAUAGCCUCACAGUUCUAUCUGGUGCUGGAUAUUUCCAACCUAACCGCUCAAGAGAUGUCGCUCAAUUAUACAGACACCAAGAAUAUACUCAUCGAGGCCAAAGAAAGCUGUCGGGUACCCAUACCCGUGGAUCGCUGCUCCCUGGAGCAAGUGGUUGCCGCCCGAGCAGCCGAGGUAGCAGAGAAUCUUGAGAAGGAACUCUGUUUCCGGACGCAGCUACUGUCGUUCAAUGAUGCUCUAAGCAAACUCUGCUCAACGCAUAUAGCUGAGAGGGUGAAGAUCAAUUGGCUGCUGACCGGAACAGACAUUCAGGGAAUUGCGUCGCUACGUGGGAUUGUGCUUUCCCAGUCCAUGGUGGACUUGACUGCCGUGUCGCCUUUGCAAUGGGCUAUAAGCUUCCAGGAUACGCCUGUGCAACCACACAGCGAAAUUGUGUCCACGGUGGGACAGCGUUCUCUACUGAGCAUCCAAUUGACAAACCAAUCGCUGCAACCUCUCAGAAACUUGGUGCUAAGCAUCAAGUUUUAUCAGGAUUACCUGAAUGGAAUGGAGAAUUACAAUUUGGAGACACGCGUGGCCAUUUCAGGACCAAACAAAAUUGCAAUUCCCCUGCUGGAAAAACAAGAGCAAAAACAGCACACUUGCUCUGUGAUAUUCUUUACGCCCGGACGCUUCAAGGCAAGUGUAGAGUGCUGUAGUAAUCCCCCAAAGGAGCAACCGUCAGCUGUGUUAUCGAGAUCCUGUCCUGCCGGAAAUUUAGAAGAGAACGCCUCCCUGUUCACCUCCAGCUAUGACGAACAGCAAGCUCAUGUGUGGAAAUUUAUACCGCCCAUCGAGGUGACCGUCGUGGAGCAGUAAAAAAAAUGUUAACUGUCGCUAGUUUAAUUUCGUUAUUAUUAUGUUUAUGUAUGUAUUGUGUGUAUACCCAUUCCUUGUAAUCCGCGCUGUUAUAACUGAACACGAAAAGCAAUUGUUUGUAAAGAAUUCUAAACUAGAUGCAAAAUAAACGCAUAAUCUUGUACAUAAGUAAGCUCAAAAAUCAACAUUCAAUGUACUACACUAUGCUUAAUAGAUCGAAAUGGCCAUAACAUAAUUAUUAUAGAAUCGUACAGAUCACGCCUUUAAAAAAAAAAGCAUGCAUACAUAAACCAAUCGUUAUGAC